AAAAAAUAGGGAUUUUUAUUAUUAAAAGAUAAAAGUAAAAUUAUUUUUUAAGAUACUAGGCAUUGGAAACAUUUGGUUUCACAACAUGCCAUUAUUAGACAUUCUCUAUCUGAUUGUUGAAAAUUAUUCAUUUCCUCAAAGAGAGAGGAUAAAUUGGUUGGGGAUAUAAUCUUGUACAAUGCAUUUUCUCUGCCCAAGGCCAAGGCUGAACCUAUCAGAGCCAUGAGAAUGCUUCUGAGUUUUCUAGCUCUUGGAGCUGCCUACGUUUGUGCCAUUGCUGUAGAAAGUCCUAUGAAUAGACUGGUGGCAGAGACCUUGACACUGCUCUCCACACAUCGGACUCGGCUGAUAGGCGAUGGGAACCUGAUGAUUCCUACUCCUGAACAUAAAAAUCACCAACUAUGCAUUGAAGAAGUUUUUCAGGGGAUAGACACACUGAAGAAUCAAACUGCACAAGGGGAUGCCGUGGAAAAACUAUUCCAAAACUUGUCUUUAAUAAAAGAACACAUAGACCGCCAAAAAAAAAGCUGUGGAGGAGAACGUCGGAGAGUAAAAAAAUUCCUCGACUACCUGCAAGUAUUUCUUGGUGUAAUAUACACUGAGUGGACAACCGAAAGUUUAGAGUAA